AUGCCAAAUUCUCCUAAGCCUCUACUGGGUAGAGACUUACUGGAAAAAUUAGAAGCUGAAAUUAAAUUCACCAAGGGGGGAGACAUAAAGGUUAUAAUCCCAGAUACUAAAUAUGUCGAGGCAGCUGCUUUCUUUAUACAGGAAAAACAUGGAGAGAUCCCUGCAGAAGUUGAAAAUGCUGUCAUACCUUUAGUCUGGGCCAGCGAGUACCCUGGGAAAUCAAAGCAAGCUGAACCAGUAAGCAUCGCACUCAGGCCAGGAGCAGCCCCGGUAAGGCAGAAACAAUAUCCUUUGAAAUUAGAAAGCCGAAAAGGCCUAGCACCUAUAAUUGAAAAGUUCCUCAAAUUUGGUUUGCUAGUAGAAUGUGAAUCCAGAUUUAAUACCCCCAUACUGCCCGUGAGAAAGGCUGAUGGCAAAAGCUAUCGGCUAGUCCAAGAUCUUAGGGCCAUUAAUAGAAUAACUGAGGACAUUUACCCAGUGGUAGCCAACCCCUAUACACUGUUAACCACAUUGACAGAGGAUUUAGGAUGGUUUACUGUACUCGACCUCAAAGAUGCCUUUUUCUGCAUUCCUGUACACAAAGAUAGCCAGGAGAUUUUUGCCUUUGAAUGGGAAAAUCCUGAGACAGGGAGAAAAACGCAACUAACCUGGAGAGUUCUUCCACAAGGCUUUAAGAACAGUCCAACGCUUUUCGGAAAUCAGUUGGCAAAGGAACUGGAGGACUGGAGAAGACAGCAGCAAGAAGGAGUUGUCCUGCAGUAUGUUGACGACAUCUUAAUUGCAGCCAAAAACCGGGACCAAUGCAUCGAGCUCACUGUAAGUCUCUUGAACUUUUUGGGGCUAAGUGGGUAUCGGGUCUCGAGAGAAAAGGCACAGAUAGCCAAGGAGAUAGUCAUCUACCUGGGACUUGAAAUCUAUCGUGGGCAUCGGCGACUCAGUACAGACCGAAAAGAGGCCAUUUGCCGUCUCCCAGAGCCCCACACUGUACGAGAGAUGCAGGCUUUCCUGGGAAUGGUAGGAUGGUGUCGGCUGUGGAUAGCUAACUAUGGGUUGCUAGUCAAACCUCUGUAUGAAGCCCUGAAAACGGCCAAAGAGGGAGUUAUAACAUGGACAGAUGAGACCAGAGAUGUGUUUAAGCAACUGAAACAGUCCUUGAUGUCAGCUCCAGCAUUAGGACUACCAGAUUUGACUAAACCGUUUGAACUGUUCACACACGAGCAGUUAAAUGUUGCUCUGGGGGUAUUAUCACAAACUCUGGGAAGCCAACGAAGAGCUGUGGCUUAUUUCUCCAAACAGCUGGACAGUGUUAGCCAAGGGUGGCCGGGGUGCCUGUGAGCUGUCGCAGCAACUGUUAUCCUGAUUGAAGAGGCAAAGCUCACCCUUGGGCAGCACAUCACUGUGUAUGUGCCCCAUGCAGUUCAAGCCGUGCUUGAACAAAAGGGAGGCCACUGGCUGUCCCCCAGCAGAAUGCUUAAGUACCAGGUUGUGUUGCUGGAACAGGACGAUGUUACCCUAAAAACAACAUCUAUUGUAAAUCCAGCUAUGUUUCUGUCUUCAGCACUAACUGACAGUGUCCGCGAGCAUGACUGUUUGCAGACUAUAGAGGAGACUUACUCCAGCAGACCAGACCUGAAGGAUGAGCCCCUGGAAAACGCAGACUGGGAACUGUAUACGGACAGAAGCAGCUUCAUGCGAGAUGGUAAACGCUUCACAGGGUAUGCAGUAACAACCAGAGACGAAGUGAUCGAGGCAAAAGCCUUGUCAGCAGAUGUGUCAUCCCAAAAAGCAGAAUUAAUUGCACUGACAAGAGCCUUGGAACUGAGUGAAGGAAAGAAGGUAAAUAUCUGGACUGACUCAAAAUAUGCAUUUAGUGUUGUACAUGCCCACGGAGCCAUCUGGAAGGAGAGAGGACUACUGACAGCCCAAGGCAGGGGAGUCAAGCAUGCAGACCAAAUCCAUGCACUCCUGCAGAGUAUUUGGAAACCAGAGGAGGUAGCUAUUAUGCAUUGUAGGGCCCACCAGAAGGGGAAAACAAUUCCCGAGUUGGGAAAUCAGUUUGCUGAUCAAGCAGCAAAAAGGGCUGCAGAAAAAGGCAUCUUGGCAGUAGUGCCACAAAAAGAAAUUGAUUUGACAAAAUACACCCCUAAGUAUGAUGAGAGAGACAAUCAGCUAAUUAAAUCAUUGAAAGCUGAAAUCAAGGAAGGGGGGUGGGCUGUUACCCCUACUGGACAGGUUGUAGUCCCACCACCGCUCCUUAGGGAAAUAGCUCAACAGGAACAUGAGGCUACCCAUUGGGGAACGGAAAAUCUCCUGAAACAUCUAAAGAAAACAGUAAUAGGAACAAAUAUGACCGAAGCUGUGCAGUCUACGGUAGGUAAGUGUGAAAUCUGCAAACGAAAUAAUCCAGAUACAUCAAAGAGAGUGGUACUAGGGGUAACAAAAGCUGGAGACCAACCCGGAGAUUACUGGCAAAUAGAUUUUGCUGAGUUACCACCAUGGGGGGGGUACAAAUACAUCCUUGUACUAGUUGACACUUUCAGUGGAUGGCCUGAAGCAUACCCCUGUCGCACUAAUGCAGCAAGGGAAGUGGUAAAAGCUUUAUUAAACCACAUAAUUCCAAGGUUUGGGGUUCCUCUAGGAAUGGCAUCAGAUAGAGGAACACAUUUUAUUGCGGCAGUAGUAAAAGAAGUAUGCCGCAUCCUGGGAAUUGUCUGGGACCUACAUACCCCCUAUAGACCUCAGGCUAGUGGCAAAGUUGAACGAAUGAAUGGCACCUUGAAAAUGCAAAUUAGUAAAAUUUGUCAGGAAACAUCUAUGUCCUGGGUUCAGGCUUUGCCACUAGCUCUGCUGAGAAUUCGUAUCCAGCCGAGGCGGAGGGAUAACAUAAGCCCCUAUGAAAUAUUAUAUGGAAGACCAUAUCAGGCACCACAUGUACCAGGGGAUGUACACUUAAGAGGGAGAGCCGAUUUACAAAAAUAUUUGAUUGCUUUAGGCUCUACUUUGCAGAAGCUGCAGAAGGUCAUUGAGUUAUCCAGACCUAUAGGACUGGACACCCCUGCUCACCCAUUCCAGCCAGGAGACUGGGUCUACGUCAAGUGGUGGAACAGUGACCCCUUGAGAGCCAGGUGGAGAGGACCUUACCAAGUCCUGCUGACCUCCCUCACCUCCGUCAAAGUUGCUGGCAGAGAACCCUGGUUCCACUACUCUAGAGUCAAGAAAGCAUCAGCUCCUGGGACAACCAACCAGACAGAACCAGACACCGACGACGAGGAUGUGGAAUAGACUGCUUGUUCUGUGUAUUCUGUUCAUGCAACCGGUAACCAUGAACCGAGUUUGGGACCAAAAAUUGCAUGUGGCCCUAGUCCAAAACGUAUCUAAAAUUCUCCGAAAAACGGAAUGCUGGAUUUGUACUCAAGU